UUGACCAAAUAUGCCACGCACCCAUUUACCACAACCAAAUGAAAAACAUAGAAAAACCUUUAGUUAUUUUGCCCACACCUGCCCCUGUUAAAUACUAAACAGCUUCAAUAAGUUUACAUCAUAAUUCCAAGCUCGGUUUAACCACUUCAGUUAGUCUGAGACCUGUACCUGAUUAAUUUUAAGAGAAAUGUUUCAAGUAACGAAACUCGGUGUAACAGGAAACAUCCCCCGUACAGGAAUACAAAGAUUUAUUUCAUCUUCCACUGUUCGGCUAAGCAAAACUGUAACCAAUGAUGAGAAACCACAAUCUGCCGCACCGACUGAAAACACAUCGUUUGUAACGAAUAUAUUCAGGGGCCAACUCGAAAGCAGACAAGUCUUUCCAUUUCCCAAUGCCUUAAAUGCUGAACAAAGGGACACUUUGGGUAUGCUUGUGGAUCCCGUGUCAAAAUUCUUUGAGGAGGUGAACGAUCCGGCAAAGAAUGACGCCGAGGAAAAGGUACAGGAAAAAUCAUUAGCCGGGUUGUGGGAGUUGGGAGCCUUUGCCCUUCAAGUACCUCAAGACUUGGGAGGUUUGGGCCUUUCAAAUACACAAUACGCUAGACUCGUAGAAAUUGUCGGAGCACACGAUUUAGGUGUGGGUAUUACUCUUGGUGCUCACCAGUCCAUUGGAUUCAAAGCAAUUUUGCUGUAUGGAACCCCGGAACAAAAAGCUAAAUACCUUCCAAGAGUGUCUUCUGGAGAAUUCGCCGCAUUUUGUCUGACUGAACCUUCAUCAGGUUCAGAUGCAGGCUCCAUCAGAACGAGGGCUGAGUUGAGCCCUGAUGGUAAACAUUUUAUAUUGAAUGGCUCCAAAAUCUGGAUCAGUAACGGAGGAUUGGCCGAAAUUAUGACUGUUUUCGCACAAACCCCCGUCAAGGAUGCCCGAACUGGCAAAACUGUAGACAAAGUGUCAGCCUUUAUUGUCGAAAGGAGUUUUGGAGGUGUCACUAAUGGACCACCAGAGAAGAAAAUGGGCAUCAAAGCUUCCAACACUGCUGAAGUGUACUAUGACAACGUCAAAAUUCCUGUUGAAAACGUGUUGGGUGAGGUUGGUGGCGGUUUCAAGGUGGCUAUGAACGUCUUGAACAAUGGCAGAUUCGGCAUGGCUGCUGCCCUGUCGGGUACUAUGAAGGCGUGCACCAAAAAGGCUGUCGAAUUUGCCACGCAACGCAAACAAUUCGGAGCUAAGAUUGACACUUUUGGUGCCAUCCAGGAGAAGAUUGCCCGCAUGGCUAUGCUGCAAUAUGUCACUGAAUCUAUGGCCUACAUGAUUUCCGGUAACAUGGACCAAGGAUCCCAGCACUACCAUCUGGAGGCGGCUAUUUCUAAAUGCUUCGCUUCUGAAGCUGCCUGGUUCGUGUGCGAUGAAGCCAUCCAGAUCAUGGGUGGUAUGGGCUUCAUGAAAGAAACUGGCCUGGAAAGGGUGCUGAGGGACUUGAGGAUUUUCAGGAUUUUUGAAGGAACCAAUGACAUUUUGAGGUUAUUCGUGGCACUUACAGGUAUUCAAUAUGCUGGAGCACAUUUGAAGGAGUUACAAAACGCAUUUAAAAAUCCAACUGCCAAUUUGGGACUGAUCUUAGAAGAGGCUUCAAAGAGGGUUGGUAGGAAAGUUGGGUUAAGUUCUCCCCCGUCAAUGGAUCAUUUGGUGCACAAAGACUUGGCUGACUCAGCUAAGUUGCUUGCCAAGAGCAUUGAUGCGUUCGGACAGUCGGUAGAAAUGGUUCUAAUUAAAUACGGUAAAAGUAUUGUGAAUGAACAGUUCAUCCUCAACAGACUUGCAAAUGCAACAUUUGACAUUUACUCAAGUGCUGUGGUUUUGUCCAGGUCAACUGAUGCAUUGAGAGCUGGCACUAAAACUGCACAACAUGAAAAAUUGAUGGCUGAAGCCUGGACAUUGGAGGCAACGCAACGUGUUGACCAGUACCUUAAGACAAUCGCCUCCGGCAAAAACUUAGACAAUUUCUCCAAGUUAUCCAGCAUUUCCAAGAAUGUGUGUCAAGCCAAUGGUAUUGUUCAGCCCAAUCCUCUGAACAUUUAAAAUCCAAAGGGCUGAAGUCUCAUUAUUUAUUUAUAUUUAAUAACAAUCUUAUUUUGAUAUACGUAUUUUAUAUAUAAAAUCUACUUGUAAAUGACUUGUUGAAAAUAAACUUUUUUUAAUAAA